AUGAUCAAAGAGCUUCAAGGUGGCAACAUGGCGACGAAGUUCAAGACGGACGAAGAAAUGCGCGGGGAUCGACUUACGCAGUGUCUGGACGACAUUAUGAGGGCUUCUACCGAAAUGAUGGUCCAGCAGCAGCUAAAAACCAUACAGUUAAACUCGGACGUGGCGGCGGGCUUCCGGAAAGCGCUGUCCAAAUCGCUGGGGGACCGCGUGCGCGCUUUCCACUCGAUCCUGGACGGCGUAGAGACGACGCUGACGACCGCGUCGCAGUAUCUGGAUGCGGUGGAGGAGGCGGCGGUGAAGAUGAAGCAGUGGAAGCAGCAGCAGGAGGAGGAGCAGAGACGCAAACAUCAGGCGGAGCUGGAAAAGAACAAGCGGCAGCAGGAGCAUGACGCGGCCACGAAGGCCGCGGCGGCGCAGCAGCUGAUGGCGCAACAGAGCCCUGUGGAUCUGACGGCGCCGACUCCCACGGGCCUGGCGUCGAACCUGGACAAGAGCAACCGGGUCGGGGGUGUCAAGCCGUUCAGCGCCGAGUUUGGCCACCUGGACGAGAUGGACCUGUCGAUGUUUGGCGGUAUAGACGGCCAUGGGGACUUUUCACUCGAGGAUUUUAACAUGGGCGGCAACAGCGUGCCGCUUAACGGGGGCCGUCCGAGAAACAUGGUGAUGGCGGACGCGGGCGGCUUCCCCGCACGCGGAGGCAUGGGCCGCGGCGGCGCGACUGCCAUCAACAAUGGUGCACAGGAGAUCAAGACCAGCACCAACGAAGCCAGCACGAAUAACAGGAACAAUGACGGCACCGGCGGUGCCAGUAACCCCCGCAUCAGCAGCAACUACAAUUCGGCGGUUGCCGACCACGAGAGUAUCGGCCUGCGGGUGGACGCUAAUGGACAGAACACUAAACAAAGCGGCCAGCAGUCUGGUGCGGGGCUGAACCCGGACGACUAUCUCACUCUGAAUGACUUCAACGACCUUGGCAUUGACUGGAACACCGGGGAGAAUAAUGAGCUUGAUCUUAAUGAUUUUAAUAUAUAA